AUGAGUUACGGCCGCCCGCCUCCCGAUGUGGAGGGCAUGACCUCCCUCAAGGUGGACAACCUGACCUACCGCACCUCGCCCGACACCCUGAGGCGCGUCUUCGAGAAGUACGGGCGCGUCGGCGACGUGUACAUCCCGCGGGACCGCUACACCAAGGAGUCCCGCGGCUUCGCCUUCGUCCGCUUCCACGACAAGCGCGACGCCGAGGACGCCAUGGACGCCAUGGACGGGGCCGUGCUGGACGGCCGCGAGCUGCGCGUGCAGAUGGCGCGCUACGGCCGUCCCCCGGACUCGCACCACAGCCGCCGGGGACCGCCACCCCGCAGGUACGGGGGUGGUGGCUACGGACGCCGGAGCCGCAGCCCCAGGCGGCGCCGCCGCAGCCGAUCCCGGAGCCGGAGCCGGUCCCGGUCCCGCAGCCGAUCCCGCUACAGCCGCUCCAAGUCUCGCUCCCGCACUCGCUCGAGGUCGCGGUCCACCUCCAAGUCCAGGUCGGCGAGAAGAUCCAAGUCCAAGUCGUCGUCCGUGUCCAGAUCCCGCUCGCGGUCCCGGUCCAGGUCGCGGUCCAGGAGUCCCCCGCCCGUGUCCAAGAGGGAGUCCAAGUCCAGGUCGCGGUCCAAGAGCCCCCCCAAGUCUCCGGAGGAGGAGGGAGCCGUGUCCUCUUAA